AUGCAACCUUCGGAUCAAUUGUCUGGUGUGGGCAAUCACAUCGCAACUGAGGUCUCGCCCGGGUGGAAAUCGUUAUUUAGCUUCACCGGCCGAAAGCAUGUGCCAUCUCUGAUCGUUGGAGCUGUUCUAGCUCUGCUUGCAGGAUCAGUUACACCCGUUCUUGCGAUUUUUCUGGGAAAUAUUUUCGACUCCUUCACAAAUUUCGGUGCCGGAGAAAUUACUUUUGAGGUUCUUCACAACAAAAUCGUAGCGAGCUGCUUUGGAAUGUUGGGUCUUGGUGCCGCUGGAUGGGUACUGAACAGCGCCUACUUUGCGAUGUUUAUCGCCUUUGGCGAAUUGCAAGCUUCCAGUGUCCGAAGCAGGCUUUUUGCCGAGCUCAUUCAACGAGACGUUGAAUGGUUUGAAGCCCGAAAUGAGGGUUUGGGAGCUCUGCUUUCUGGGAUACAAGCCCAUAUCCACGAUCUUCAAACCGCGACAUCUCAGCCUCUUGGACUUCUUUUGCAGUACUUCUGUCGGUCUUUGGCGUCCUUGGGACUAGGACUCUAUACGUCUUGGAGCUUGUCCUUGGUCACGCUAGCUGGAAUACCAAUAUUCUCGACCAUCAUUGCUUGCCUUUCGACAAGGAUGAAGUCCAGCAUCGAGGCGCAACAGAAGGAAAUCACACUAGCGUCAAAGGUCGCGAGUAAUGCGAUCAACUCAAUUGAUGCGGUCAAAUGUCUGAAUGGACAAAACAUCGAAUCACGGGGUUUCUCUGCGCGGGUCGACGCAUCCGCGACUCAUUACCGUCGGCAGGCGAGACUAAACUCCUUGCAAAUAUCUUUUGUUCGAUGGAUGGUAUUUGGAAUGUUCGUUCAGGGAUUUUGGUUCGGCAGUUCUCUUGCGAGAGCAGGCAAGAUGACAUCGGGUGAAGUCUUGAGGACGUUCUGGGCUUGCUUAACUGCAGCACAGUCAAUUGAACAAGUGCUACCUCAAAUGAUCGUGUUGGAAAAGGGGAAAGUCGCAGGUGCUGUCCUCACAUCGAUACUGCGCCGGCAAUCAUGUCACACAUCUGCGACUGAAGCUAAGGGUACACUUUAUCCGGAGCAUUGCGAAGGUGACAUCGAAGUGAACAAUGUGUCAUUCGCAUAUCCAAGCCAACCAGACCGCGUUGUCCUCGAGGAGUCCACUUUUUUCUUUCCUGCAGGAGAGACAACUUUCGUCAUUGGCAAGAGUGGCUCUGGAAAAACGACACUUGGUCAAAUAUUAAUGCGAUUUUAUCCAUGUCGAUCCGGCGGGAUUCUGAUUGACGGCAACCCGAUUGACAAACUUGACAUCAAUUGGGUCCGCAACAAUAUCACAUUGGUUGAGCAGCGCAGCGUUCUUUUCAACGACUCUGUUUUGAAAAACAUUGCCUUUGGUCGGCAUGGGCACGAGUCUGUUUUGCUUGACGAUGUGCAAAGCUCUAUUGAAGUCGCAAUGCUCCAAAGUGUGCUGGACGUGCUGCCCAAAGGCCUUGAUACCUGCGUUGGUCCUGGCGGAGGUCAUUUGAGUGGUGGACAGAGACAAAGAGUCGCAAUAGCCAGAGCCAGAUUGCGCGAUACCCCGAUUCUCAUCAUGGACGAACCUACCAGUGCGUUGGAUCCGGAAAAUCGGUUGGCUGUGAUGAAAGCGAUCAGGAAAUGGCGGAGAGGGAAAACCACCAUAAUCAUUACCCACGACAUGUCCCAAAUCAACCAGCAGGGCUUCGUUUACAUUCUUGAAAAUGGGCGUAUUCUUCAGAGUGGCUACCGAGCCGCAAUUGAGAAGCAGCCUGAAUAUGAGAGAUACUUUCACAAUACGCCGAGAGAAAACUCAGACACAGUGACGAGAACAGAUCAGACGUCGAGCGAACAGUACUGUGGACAUUUUGAGAAGAGACUGGCUCGGUGCAGCAUGGGAGACCAUUCGAUCUCACCUCAGCCGGUACGCCGAAACUCCAGGACGUCUGGACCCCAGGCGCACUAUCGGUCAAGGUCAUCGUUCUCCAACAUCUACGACUAUGCUCCGGGAAGGGAAGAACGGCGCUCAAUUGACAGUACAAUGCUAGGCAUAACCUGUGAUAUCAGCAAACGCGGGUCCACGCUGGGGAUGCCGAGAAAGGAUUUUUCACCCAUGCGGCCGAGCUCGUGCUAUUCAAGGCCAAUGGAGGAGUUGGAAAUGACUUCACUAGAGCAUGGUGAUAACCCAUAUCAGGCGAGCCCUACAAUUACUUCUUCCAUUGCUACGGAUGUUGGAAUUCGAGAAAUCGAAAUCUCAAAGGCCAAAGUGACGAAGAACGAGUCUGAGGCUUCUCUCUACCACAUUAUGAGAAGUGUCUUACCUGCUCUGACGUCGAAUGAGAGGCUGGUCCUGUCACUUGGGCUUGUCUCGGCGCUAGCUCAUGCGAGUGCAACUCCCGUCUUUUCCUACUGCCUUUCGCAACUGUUCAGUACCUUCUAUGCUGGAACCAAUAGUGCCAGGCUUACGAUGGUCUGGUCACUAGCUGUAUUGGGAGUCUCUAUCGGCGACGGUCUAGCCUCAUUUUUCAUGCAUUACUUUUUGGAGUCUUGCGGGGAGGCUUGGAUGAAUACACUACGAAAGCGGGCCUUUGAGCGAAUACUCGAUCAGCCUCGGGCUUGGUUUGAGCUGGAAGGCCAUAGUCCCUUCAGGCUCACAGCUUACCUUGAUCAAAACGGUGAAGACAUGCGAAAUUUACUUGGCCGUUUCGCUGGUUUUGUGAUUGUGGCAAUUUCAAUCACGGUUAUGGCCAUUAUCUGGAGUUUUAUUGUCUGUUGGAAGCUCACGCUAGUAGCUCUCGCAUGUGGGCCUCUCAUCUACGUGAUCACUCGGGGAUUUGAAGGGGUCAGCGCUUUGUGGGAACAUCGGUGUAGAGAAGCAAACGCCGUCACUACUGAUAUCUUCAUGGAGACAUUCUCGGAGAUUCGAACGGUCAGAACCCUGACGUUGGAGGGUUAUUUCCAUAAUAAACAUGCCAAGGCGAUAACAAAGUGCCUUGGAAUUGGUUUGAAACGCGCUUGCUACACGGGCUUGCUCUUUGGUCUGCUGGAGUCGACAGUCAUGUUUGCAAGCGCCUUGUUUUUCUACUAUGGAGCUGUGCUUGUGGGAGCAGAAUUCACUGUAAACGAUGUGAUGGUGGUGUUCUCUCUUCUCCUUUUCAGCAUAGGGUAUGCUGCCCAGAUCUUGUCGUGGAUCCCUCAAAUUAGCACAUCUCGUGAAGUCGCAAUAAAACUUCUUCAUCUUGCGAAUCUUCCCCGCGGAAAAUCACACGAGCAUCGAGGACACCUGAAAUCCACCUGUCUAACUCCCAUUCAAUUUACCAACUUGGACUUUAGAUAUCCGUCAAGACCCGAUGCUAGAGUACUCAAGAACGUUUCGUUCUCUGUCAGUUCGAACUCAUGCACCACUAUUGUUGGUCGAUCUGGCUCUGGAAAAUCCACUAUUGCCUCCAUUUUGCUCGCUCUGUACGAAGCGCCAGUAUCCAGAGACGGCCGACCUACUGUGAAACUUGGCAGUCAUGACAUUUGUCAGCUGCAUACACCAACACUGAGAUCCCACAUCUCGUUGGUGUCGCAACAGCCCAUUAUCUUCCCCGGCACUAUCUACAACAACAUCAGUUACGGGCUCGCGGAUCAAGCCUCCAUUCAUAGCGUGCGCAUGGCCGCCAAGGCAGCGGGGAUUGAUGAUUUCAUCACAUCACUACCUAAUGGAUACUUCACUAUGAUCGGCGAUGGCGGCGUGGGUCUAUCGGGUGGGCAGAGGCAGCGUCUGGUGAUUGCUCGUGCGUUGCUCCGAGAACCGCAAGUUUUGGUCCUGGAUGAGGCCACUUCGAGUCUUGAUCCUGCUGGGGCUGAGGUUGUUCGUCAGACGGUGCAAAGGCUUGUGGCAACCUGUGAUCAUCUUACUGUGAUUAUCAUCACUCACGCGAAAGAGAUGAUUGAGAUUGCGGAUCAUGUUGUGGUUCUGGACGAGGGAGUGGUGGUCGAAAAUGGCUCGUAUCAGGAGCUUUCCAGAAAAAGAGACGGGAAACUAUACAGUUUGAUGAAUGAUCCCGAGCGGGCUUAG